UAACCGCUGGAUUCGGUCUGGACAGCAUUAGCAUAGCACAGCCAGAAAGGUCCACUAGAAAGGUCUGUUACACUACGGUUUGGAUGGUUUUGAUCUGAAGAUGACCUAGCACAGAUCCUUGAUGAUGAGAUAGAUCUAUGACUAAAUCACAAGAUGAGCGGAAAUCCUAGACUGAAAGAAAUGGAUCUGGCUUUAUCAUCAUCAUCAAAGCCUUAUGGGUCAUCCCGAAGUAUUGUCAGGAGAAUUGCCACAAAUCUUCCUUUGGCGCCUUGUGCUCGUGUCCAUUUUCAGCUUCAUCCGUUCACUUCAGGGGUGGGUUUCCUCAACCAUUCAAAUGGGCCAAAUGGCCUUGUGGCCACACUCGCUGAUGUGGGCUGGAUCGAAAGAGAAGAGAGCGAAAGCCCUGGCAGAAAUAGGUUUGAGGCAGAUUCUGGGGCAGAUUCUGGGCUGUUUUUUCGCACCCAGCACCGCAGGCCCCUGAGACGCCAGCGGUCAUUACCCAGCUUGCACCAGGCUGAACCUGCGCCACAGAGCCAGAGGGUCAUCAAUGAUGAAGCCAUUCAGAAGAUCGGCGUUCUUGAGACUGAGCUGGCCAAACUCAGAGCGCAGAUCGCACUGAUAGUUCAGGCACAGGAGCAAAGCGCUCAGUCCACAGCUCCAGCGCCAGGUGGUCCCCCAGUACCCCAAGCUCCACCAAUGGCUCCCCCUCCUCCACCACCUCCUCCUCCGUGUCCUGCCCUUGGCAUGCAGAGAAGCUAUUCUGCCAUUGACCUCAUCCGAGAGCGCCGUGGGAAAAAAGCGGGGCAGAACCCUGUACUGGACUCAGAACCCAAAAAACCAGAGCUUCCCAGCAUGCUAGAUGUGCUGAAAGAUAUGGGGAAAGUGAAGCUGCGCUCAGUUAAGAGUCAUCAAGAGGACGGCCACACGAAACCCAAACCUGUUGAGCCCACAGACGCUGCAGCGUUAAUCGCAGAGGCCCUGAAACGCAAGUUCGCCCACCGCUAUCGUAGCGACAGCGAAUGUGACGGCAGCUUUAACUUGCCGGCCCCUGAGAAUAAGACCCAUGUAGAAACUCCGCUGUUUGGACAGCACAUGUUGAAAUCAACUGGAAAGAAGAAACUGUUCUAGGAUGAAGCUGAGCCACGUUUCUUCGCUGUGGGUUAAUGGAGUUAACCUGAUGACUCUUAAUUUAGCUAACUUUUCUAGCUGGCUCGUAAAUUUUGUUCGUGUUCACUUUUAAGAGAGCAUGCACAUGCUAAAACACUAACGCAGUCAAUCUGGUUUCCCUAUUGAUAUUUCUGUAAUUUUGCACUUUGAAAAGUUCAUCUCUAUCAGUACAUGUUGUGCCAGUCAGUUACAUCAUUAAUGCCAGUUACAUUACAUGUUUUUUUUCUUUGUUUUUAUCUGUUUUUAUUUGUGGGUUUAGUUGGAUUUUAAGUUCAACAGUGCAAGUAUUCGACCUUGUUGAAUUCCUCUUGUUUGAAGGGAUAAUGUUAAACGAAAGCACCAAAGUGUAUGGAUGGAUUGUUUUUUUAAUAAGUAGUUU